AGUCCCUGCUUGGGAUGCAGGAGGCUUGGAGUGAGUCAAUGUCAGUGGGCUGAGGUCCAACCCCCAUUGACAGGGAGGGCUCUCUUUGAUAUCACGCCUCCCUCCUCUCCUCUCUCUUCCUUUCUCCUUCCCCUCCCCCUCUCUGGUUAGUCUCUUCUUCACUGAGCCGGGUCUGGAGUCUGGGAACACAAGAGGCGCCCAACAGGGCCUUGGAACAGAACCACUUGGUGUCAAAGGCUCCCAGGCACCAAGAUCCACGCCCCUUUCCGCCCUAAACCUACACGGUCCGCCAGAACCAUAGAGGAGCAGUGAGAGGAGCGGCGGGCCAGAGCGGCCGGAAGUCCCUAAUGGAUCCUGGAAAGGGAGAGGAGAGUCUGCCGCAGCCCACUAGGAAGAAGUUUGUCAUCCCACUGGAGGAAGACGAGGUCCCUCCUGCAGGGAAGGUCAAGCCCUUGUUCAGAUCUUCACGGAACCCCACCACCGCCCAAGCGGCCCCUCGGACCUGUCCUGAGCAUGCCAUCGCCCAGCCUCCAGGAAGGGUUGGGGCCGAAGGGCCCACAGGCUCCGAACCUGUGACGGGAGAGAACCCCAGCCAGAUCCCCAAAACAGGAGCAAAGUCCAACAGCAUCAUCGUGAGCCCACGGCAGAGGGGCAACCCGGUGUUGAAGUUCGUACGCAAUGUGCCCUGGGAAUUUGGUGAGGUGAUCCCUGACUAUGUGCUAGGCCAGAGCACCUGUGCCCUUUUCCUUAGCCUCCGCUACCACAACCUCCAUCCAGACUACAUCCACGAACGGCUGCAGAGCCUGGGGAAGACCUUCGCCCUCCGAGUGCUGCUGGUCCAGGUGGACGUGAAAGAUCCCCAGCAGGCCUUAAAGGAGCUGGCUAAGAUGUGUAUCCUGGCUGACUGCACCCUGAUCCUGGCCUGGAGUGCAGAGGAAGCGGGGCGGUACCUGGAGACCUACAAGGUGUAUGAGCAGAAGCCCGCCGACCUCCUCAUGGAGAAGCUGGAUCAGAACUUCCUGUCCCGCGCCACUGAGUGUCUGACAACCGUGAAAUCAGUCAACAAGACGGACAGCCAGACCCUCCUGGCUACAUUUGGAUCCCUCGAACAGCUCUUCACUGCAUCAAGGGAGGAUCUAGCCUUGUGCCCUGGCCUGGGCCCCCAGAAGGCCCGCAGGCUCUUCGAUGUCCUCCAUGAACCCUUCCUCAGAGCUCCGCAUUGACCCGCUGCCAUGAAGGCCCAGCAUCACAAUAAAGCAUUCCAUGCCCAGG